GAGAGAGCAUUGAAGCUUAUGUUCUAUAAACACUAGCACAGCUCUGUUCUCACUCUCUCUGAAGCAAGUUUGCGUAUUAGAGCUACAUCAAACUUCUGUCUUUUAUAGUAAAGACUGUGUGUGGAUGUCUAUUGGGACUUUACAUCUUGGAAAUCAUAAAUCCAGAUCUCCUUCAGUGGUCAGUGGUGUUUGGAAGAUGAUGGGACUUUUGGAACUUUUUGUGCUAGCAGCUGCAUUCAACUACGUCUUUGCCUCUACAGAAGUUUGCACCAAUGCUCUCCUACCAGGAGCUAAAGGAGACCAAGGUGAGAUUGGAGAGGAGGGAGAUCAAGGAAAACUGGGGAAGAAUGGACCACCAGGACUUCCAGGAGUGCCAGGAGAAACUGGGCUUAAAGGAGAGGUGGGCCAUGCAGGGAAGACGGGGCCUGAGGGAGACAAAGGUGACAAGGGUGACUUGGGUUUGGAAGGGCCCUGUGGUUUCAAGGGGAAACCAGGUACAACAUGCGACUGUGGCAGGUACAGAAAGGUGGUUGGCCAACUGGAUGUCAGCAUAGGCAAGCUGAGGAAUGCUGUCAAGUUUGUGAAGAAUGUGAUCAUGGGGCUGAGAGAAACAGAAGAGAGAUACUACCUGCUGGUGAAGGAGGCCAAGAAGUUCAGAGAUGCUUCAAUGAACUGUAAGCUACGAGGAGGCGCCCUGGGAAUGCCAAAAACCAACAACACCAACCGCCUCAUGGCAGACUAUGUCAGUCAGGCCGGACUGACAAGAGUUUAUAUUGGAGUACAGGCCCAAAGCGUGGACACAGGUGGAACUAGUGCUUAUGUAUAUGCAGAUACCAGCCCUCUGCAAGGUUUUGCAGCUUGGAGCCAAGAGGUGGAAUUAAAUUCAAAAUUAUCUCCCAGCACAAACUCAAGCUGCGUGGAGCUGCUCAGUACGGGAACGUGGGGUCAUGUGGAGUGUGAAGCAACCCUGUUCUUCAUCUGUGAGUUCCCAAAGAGCAGCAGAAGAGGAGGAGGAGGAGGAGGAGGGGCAUCUGUCUCUGUAUCAUUUUAAGUUGAUGUAACACUUAGACUUGCAUGCAAGGAUCACAUGUAUGCUUUGAUAUUUUCUUGUUUAUGUUGGAAUGGAAAAUGUAUGCAAUUAAAAAAUCACCCGGAAUUAAAUAUAAACUGUGCCUGCAUAAUCAUAAACUGUUGCUUUGUUAUUUAGGUUAACUAUUUAGGUAAAUUAUCACAGCUUGCGGUGAACAAAAUUGGAUGGAACUACUUCAUUCCAAAGUAACCCCUCCUCUUCAGUUGGAUAUUAUCAACACAGGCUGAUGACAUGAUGUCAAAGUCACAUUUAACCAAUUAUCUCAUUUCAGUUAAAAGGCUGUGGGGGGGGGGGGGGGGGGUCCAAAAUCUCAACAUUAACAAGUUCAAACCAAAAUAUUAUCCUCCCCUGAGCAUCACCUUUCAUGGAUGAAGUGUUAGCUGUGUUAUCUAUGUAUUAGCCAGUAUUUUUACCAUUUCUUUAAAUAAAUAGCCUAAAUCAUUUUGGAAACUACAGAUGUAAAAGAGUGGAAACUGGUGAAACAUGUUUUUCACUAUGACUGCCUACAGUAAUAACAGAAAUGUUUUUGUUUUUUUCCUAAACAAAAAAAAGAAAGAUUAACGCAAAUGUGGGAAGUAAAACUGGUUUUGUGAGUUCAACACUGGGAGUUUUUUAAAGUUCAGCAAAGGCUAUUACAGGAGGUAAAAUAUUGCUUUCUAGGCAAUAGGGAGGCCGGGGGCUGGAUUGUUUGCAAAUGAUUUUGGUCGCAACACAAAUAUUAAAUCCUUCUAGUACAACAAAUCGAGACUCUGUGCUUGUAUAUAACUGAAAUAUAAGUAACCUACAAUGAAAGCACCAGGGGUCUCAUCUGUAACCGAUGCAUAGACUGUGAAUAACAGGGUUCUUUUUACCGUCUAUUGCGCUGCUCUGUCACAGACUGCAGACACACGCUGACACACAUACAGCGAACUUUCCCCUCUUCCAGUGCUGCUAAUCAUUAAGUAAAUCACACCAUCAUCCUCCUUUCCCUUUCCGUUUCAUAGCGCGACCAUGGGUGCACACUUGAGAGCUCUAUUCUUUCUUGACUACAUUUCUAUCAGCCUACUUCAUGGUGCGCUACACAUGCGCUCAACUGUGUUCCGUUUGUGUGCCAAACAGAGGCGGCUCAUCUCCGCACAGUAAAUAGGCGGACUUGGCGCGCAAUACUGGUCACAUGACUUGAGUGAUCGAAUGAAAUGUUUGUGUAGUGACUAUGUAAUGUCCAAAUUUCUUAUCUUGCCUUUAGUCACUUGCAUAGGUGUAUGGAAAGUGCUUGACGCAUAAAAAAUAAACAAAUGUCCAAAAUUAAAGUA